AUGGCUGAUGCCACCAUCGCAUCCGUGGUCGGCCGGGAAGCCCUGGACUCCCGGGGUAACCCGACGGUCGAAGCGGAAGUAACCCUGUCGGACGGCAGUGUCGGCUUGGCGCUGGUUCCCUCGGGCGCCAGCACCGGCAGCUACGAAGCCCUGGAACUCCGUGACGGUGACCGCUCCCGAUUCGGCGGCAGCGGUACAUUGACCGCCGUUGCCAACGUGAACGACCGUAUCGGUCCUGCGCUGAUGGGAGCGUCUCCAUUCGACCAGCCUGGCGUGGACCGCCUCUUGAACGAGCUGGACGGGACCGAUGACAAGAGCGGCCUGGGGGCCAACGCGGUGCUGGCCGUUUCCAUGGCCACCGCCCGGGCCGCCGCGGUUUCCGCAGCGGGAGGCUCGCUAUGGCGGCAUCUGGCGGGUGACGGCCAGGUGAGCCUGCCGGUGCCUCUGCUGAACAUCCUCAAUGGGGGCCGGCACGCGUCCAAUUCCGCCGACGUACAGGAGUUCAUGGUCGCUCCCGUUGGGUUCGACCGGUUUUCCGACGCGCUGCGCGCCGGCGUGGAGAUCUACCAGGCGUUGAAGUCCAUCCUGAGGAGCGGCGGGCACAACCUGAACGUCGGCGACGAAGGCGGUUUCGCCCCUACCCUGCCGUCCAACCGUGACGCUAUCGAAGUGGUGUUGCAGGCCAUCGAGGCCGCCGGAUACCGACCGGGCGAGCAGGUCCACAUCGCCCUGGACGUCGCGGCGUCCGAACUGUGGGAUGCGGACGCCUCGAAUUACCAUCUGGAACGGGAAGGAUUGUCGCUCGACGCCGGCGAACUGGUGGAUUUGUACGCGCGGUGGUGCGACGAGUACCCCAUCAUCAGUAUUGAAGACGGCCUGUUCGAGGACGAUUGGGCUGGGUGGUCCACCAUGACCCAACGCUUGGGCGACUCCGUCCAAUUGGUGGGAGACGACCUGCUCGUCACCAACAUCGGUCGGCUCCAACGCGGUAUCGAUGACAGGGCCGGCAACGCCAUCCUGCUCAAGCCCAACCAAAUAGGCACGCUGUCCGAGACCGCUGCGGCAUUGGACAUGGCGCGCGACGCCGGCUGGACGGCGGUGAUGAGCCACCGCUCGGGGGAAACGGAGGACACGACCAUCGCCGAUCUGGCCGUCGCGUGGAACGUGGGUCAGAUCAAAACCGGCGCUCCGGCACGCUCCGAGCGAGUUGCCAAAUACAACCGGCUCUUGCGGAUCGAGGCGGAGUUGGGCAAUGCAGCCCGGUACUCCGGAAAAGAGGUUUACGGGAGACUCGGUUCUCGGUAG